AUGGAGAGCAGUGCCUUUGCCUUGAUCCUCACCCUGGCCCUGGCAGCACCUGUUGCCCCUGCAGAGAGGAAGUGCCUCCUCUCCGGGUCAUGGCAGAGCGACACCGGCUGCCGGAUGGUCGUGUCCACCCUCGGCAAGGAUGGCAGAUUCUCUGGUUCCUACCUGCCGGGAUCUGCCACUGGUGACUCUGAAAUCCUCACCUUGCCACUGGAGGGGUCCCAGCAAGAUGCGGGGCUAGUCCCACAGCCCAUCUUCUCCUUCACCGUGCACUGGUGGCUCCAAGACUCAGAGACAGCCCAGGCAACUGUCUUUCUGGGCCAGUGCUACGUGGGCAGCAAUGGGGAGGAGAUCCUGCAUGCCCUGUGGCUCCGGCGAGAGGCAACCAACAAUCCUGUUGAGGACUGGAAAGCCACCUGGGUUGGCACCAGCAUUUUCACACGGAUAAAAUAACUGCAAGUGGGGAAAUCCAGGAGGCUCAGUACUGCAAGGAGUCAGUUUUUCUCACAGGCAGACUCUGCCUGCACUGACGUGCUGCACUUGAGCAGCUCUCAGCCCACAGGUUCACGCUUUC